AUGUUUUCUUCCUCCGUCACUCGUUCAUUUGCUUUGCUCAGCGUAAUUUCAGGCUCCCACGCCGCGCCAUUCACAGAUUACAAUGGCGACCCUGUACCUACGGACGCGAUGCUUCCCCCAAACAACAACACAGACAGAUGGGAUAGCCCAGAGUAUACAUGGAUCUUCCAAUACCCACUGCAGAUUCCCCCCGUCAAAGAAUCCAAGUUCACUUACACCAACAAUGCCACGGGUGCCAUGAUCGAUUACUAUGAAAUCAACGUCACGUCGAUAAAGAAGCAAAUCUACCCUGAUCGUGCACCUGCCGAGCUUUUUGCGUAUGAUGGACACGUGCCUGGACCAACGCUGAAGAUGCGCAAAGGCCGAGAGGCAGUGGUACGGUUUACCAACGUCAGCCCAACCAACUCGUCAGUCCACGUUCACGGCCAAUACAACCGCGCUCCUUUCGACGGCUGGGCAGCCGACUAUGCUGUGCCUGGCCAGUACAAAGAUUACUACUACCCGAACGCACAGAACGCGCGAACCAUCUGGUACCACGACCACACUGAGCGCGAAACAGGCGAGAACGUAUACAUGGGUCUUCACGGCUUCUACCUCUUGUCUGACGACGAAGAGCAAGCGCUCGGUUUGCCCGACGGUGACCGCGAUGUUCCACUCGUCAUCUCUGCGAAGCGAUAUGCUAACAACGGAUCUCUCUUGUUCGAUACCCACAACAACACUGGACUUUGGGGUGAUGUGAUCGAAGUCAAUGGACAACCCUGGCCGUACAUGGAGGUAAAGCCGGCCAAGUAUCGUUUCCGCGUUCUCGAUGGUGCUGUCAGUCGCGCAUUCAACAUCUACUUCAAGGAGGAUGGAAGCAGUGACCUGAUGAGCUUCAACAUGAUUGGUUCGGACAGUGGUCUCUUUGCGCAUCCAGUCCCAACGACCAACUUUGCCAUCGCCGAGGGUGAACGAUACGAAAUUAUCGUGGACUUUACUAACCACAGGGGCAAGAACGUCACCAUGUUCAACGAGCGCGGCAUGGCUGGAACCCUCGACUACGCCGCGACUGACCGCAUUAUGCGAUUCGUCGUCAGUGAUCCAGAAGAGCCUAUAGAAGACGAGCCUCUUCCCACCGAUAUGCACUACAUCCCUCCUCCACCGCAGACCAACAUCACCAAGAACUUUACCUUUACCCGUGUUGACGGUGAGUGGGUCAUCAACGGUGUUGGCUGGGCAGACAUUGAAAACCGCAUCCUGACGCGACCUGUCCUCGGUCAGGACGAGAUCUGGGAGUUGAGACACGGAGGUGGCAACGCUUCGCACCCGGUCCAUAUCCAUCUCGUUGACUUCCAGGUCAUCUCUCGCACUGGCGGAAGGAACGCAGUGAUGCCAUAUGAAGCUGCUGGUAUGAAGGACGUGGUUUGGGUCGCACCCCGCGAAGUUGUGAGGGUUGUUGCCCGAUAUGCGCCAUGGAAGGGAGUCUACAUGUUCCACUGCCACAACCUCAUCCACGAGGACCACGACAUGAUGGUGGCGUUCAACGUGACGCAGCUCGAGAAAUGGGGCUAUGACAACACGACGCUCUUUAUCGAUCCAAUGGAGCCGCGGUUCCGUCCAAAGGAUAUCACUCAUGAAGCCUACACCCGGCCGGCCAUUAUGGAGAAGCUCGACUGGUUCUACCACACCAACGCGUACAACCGCACCACUGCUUGA